AUGGAAUUCUGUUCGCAAAGCCUUCGAUCACUUCUCAGAGACAAAGUCAUUGUCUUUGAGAGACAACGGGAAGACCCGAUGAAUGUCUUUGAAUACUUUAUUUCCUGCGAAAUAUUCAAAGAGAUCUUAGAGUGCGUCCAAUUUCUUCAUGAAUCCAAUCCAGUGGUCAUUCAUCGGGAUCUCAAACCCGAUAACAUAUUAAUUGAUCCCAACUUCAGAUGCAAUCGUUUUGUAAAACUGUGUGAUUUAGGUCUGGCAACUGAUCAUAACAUUGAUGCAAACACUUCCAGUCGAUACGCGCAUACAGCUUGUGGCACUUGGAGAUAUAUGGCACCCGAGGUCUAUACCGGCAAAUAUAACCAUAAAUCAGACAUUUAUAGUCUUUGUAUUAUUGGCGAAGAUUUGUUUGAUAUUGAUAUCCAGGAGUAA